AUGGCUGGUGGAAAAGGCAAAUCAUCUGGCGGCAAGAGUUCGGGUGGGAAGACCUCGGCUGCUGAAGCUCCUAAGAAACAGCAGAGCCAUUCUGCUCGUGCUGGACUUCAGUUUCCCUGUGGUCGUGUUAAGCGUUUCUUGAAGCAAAACACACAGAACAAGAUGCGCGUUGGUGCCAAGGCUGCCGUCUAUGUUACAGCCGUUCUCGAGUAUUUGACUGCCGAAGUCCUUGAGCUCGCAGGCAAUGCCGCCAAAGACCUGAAGGUUAAGCGUAUUACUCCUCGUCAUCUCCAACUCGCCAUCCGCGGUGACGAAGAACUGGAUACGCUGAUUCGCGCAACUAUCGCUUUUGGUGGUGUUCUACCCCACAUCAACCGUGCCCUACUACUUAAGGUCGAGCAAAAGAAGAAGAACAAGGCGAUCGAAGCAUAA